CGCCCGGACUGUGUUGGGAGCGGAAGUGCAGAGGCCUCCGCUUCCGGAUUGCCGGUCGGCCCCGAGCGCCCGGGCUGCCGCGGCGAUGUUGCCUCUCACGGUGAAUUUCAAGGUGUCGGCCCGCACCCUCACCGGGGCCCUCAGCGCCCACAACAAGGCGGCGGUGGACUGGGGCUGGCAAGGUUUGAUUGCUUAUGGAUGCCAUUCCCUCGUGGUGGUGGUCGAUGCCAGCACUGCCCAGACGCUGCAAGUUUUAGAAAAGCAUAAAGCUGAUGUUGUCAAGGUUAAGUGGGCCCGAGAAAAUUACCACCAUAACAUCGGCUCGCCGUACUCCUUGCGCCUCGCUUCUGCCGACGUCCAUGGGAAAAUCAUCGUGUGGGAUGUGGCGGCCGGGGUGGCUCAGUGUGAGAUCCAGGAGCACGCCAAGCCCAUCCAGGACGUUCAGUGGUUAUGGAGCCAAGAUGCCUCCCGAGACUUGCUGCUCGCAAUCCACCCGCCAAACUACAUCGUGCUCUGGAAUGCGGACACCGGCACCAAGCUCUGGAAGAAGAGCUACGCAGACAACAUCCUUUCCUUUUCUUUCGACCCGUUUGAUUCCUCCCAUUUAACUUUACUCACCAGCGAGGGUAUUGUGUUCAUCUCAGACUUCUCCCCGUCCAAGCCUCCCUCCGGCCCCGGGAAAAAAGUCUACAUAUCCAGCCCGCACUCCAGCCCAGCUCAUAGCAAGCUGGCUGCCGCCACGGGGGCCAAGAAGGCCCUUAAUAAAGUCAAAAUCUUAAUCACGCAGGAGAAACCUAGUGCUGAGUUCAUAACCCUCAACGACUGCCUGCAGCUGGCCUACCUGCCUUCCAAAAGGAACCACAUGCUGCUGCUCUAUCCCCGCGAGAUCUUAGUCCUGGACCUCGAGGUGAACCAGACCGUGGGCGUGAUUGCGAUCGAGCGCACGGGCGUCCCGUUCCUGCAGGUAAUACCCUGCUUUCAGCGAGAUGGUUUAUUUUGUCUACAUGAGAAUGGUUGCAUAACUUUACGUGUUCGAAGAUCUUAUAAUAGUAUUUUCACCACUUCAAACGAGGAGCCAGAUGCAGAUCCCGUCCAGGAGCUCACCUACGACCUGCGCAGCCAGUGCGACGCCAUCCGCGUGACGAAAACCGUGCGCCCCUUCAGCAUGGUGUGCUGCCCCGUCCGCGAGAACGCCGCGGCCCUGGUGGUGAGCGACGGCCGGGUCAUGGUCUGGGAGCUGAGGUCCUCCGUGGGCCAUCUCAGUGCGCGGAGCAGUGGCUCCGGCGUGUCGCCUCUGUACUCCCCAGUGUCGUUCUGUGGGAUCCCGGUGGGGGUGCUGCAGAACAAACUCCCCGACCUCUCUCUGGAUAACAUGAUCGGGCAAAGCGCGAUUGCUGGGGAAGAACAUCCCAAAGGCUCCGUUCUGCAGGAAGUGCACCUCAAAUUCCUGCUCACGGGACUGAUUUCAGGACUGCCCGCACCACCAUUUACCGUCCGUAUGUGUCCCCCAUUGACCACAAAAAACAUCAAGAUGUAUCAGCCAUUGCUUGCUGUUGGCACAGGUAACGGCUCUGUCCUGGUGUACCACCUGACCAGCGGGCUGCUGCACAAGGAGCUGAGUGUCCACUCGUGUGAAGUCAGGGGUAUUGAGUGGACGAGUUUGAGCGGCUUCCUUUCUUUUGCUACGUCAACACCGAACAACAUGGGACUGGUGCGGAACGAGCUCCAGCUGGUUGACCUUCCCACAGGCAGGAGCAUUGCUUUUCGAGGAGAACGAGGCAAUGAUGAAUCGCCCAUCGAAAUGAUUAAAGUAUCUCAUUUGAAGCAGUAUUUGGCAGUUGUAUUCAAAGAUAAACCGCUGGAGUUAUGGGAUGUUCGGACUUGUACCAUUCUUAGAGAAAUGUCCAGAACCUUCCCCGGGGUAACCGCUUUGGAGUGGUCCCCGUCUCACAACCUGAAGAGCCUGAGGAAGAAGCAGCUGGCCACCCGCGAGGCCAUGGCCCGCCAGACCGUGGUCUCUGACGCGGAGCUGAGCAUUGCAGAGUCGUCUGUGAUCAGCUUGCUGCAGGAGGCGGAGAGUAAAUCUGAGCUCAGCCAGAACAUCUCAGCCCGGGAGCACUUCGUGUUCACCGACAACGACGGCCAAGUCUACCACUUCACUGUCGAGGGCAACUCCGUGAAGGACAGCGCUCGGAUCCCGCCCGACGGAAGCAUGGGUAGUAUUACCUGCAUCGCUUGGAAAGGUGAUAUGUUAGUCCUUGGAGAUAUGGAUGGAAAUUUAAAUUUUUGGGAUUUGAAAGGCAGAGUAUCCAGAGGGAUCCCAACCCACCGCAGCUGGGUGAGGAAGAUCCGCUUUGCCCCCGGGAAAGGGAACCAGAAGUUAGUUGCCAUGUACAACGACGGCGCUGAGGUGUGGGACACCAAGGAGGUGCAGAUGGUGAGCAGCUUACGGAGCGGGAGGAACGUGGCCUUCCGGGUGCUGGACGUGGACUGGUGCACGUCCGACAAGGUGAUCUUGGCGUCCGACGACGGGUGCCUGCGCGUCCUGGAGACGUCCAUGAAGUCCACGUGCGUCAGGGUGGACGAGCAGGAGCUCACAGAGCCUGUGUGGUGCCCGUAUCUCCUUGUCCCAAGAGCCGCCCUCGCCCUGAAGGCUUUCUUGCUGCACCAGCCGUGGAGCGGACAGUACUUGUUGGAUAUUUCUCACGUGGAUUAUCCAGAAAAUGAAGAGAUAAAGAGCCUCCUUCAAGAGCAGUUGAAUUCGUUGUCCAAUGACAUAAAGAAACUCUUGCUCGAUCCGGAAUUCACUCUUCUGCAAAGAUGCCUGCUGGUUUCGAGGCUCUAUGGCGAUGAGUCAGAGCUGCACUUCUGGACCGUGGCCGCCCACUACCUGCACAGCUGGUCCCAGGAGAAGUCGGCCAGCACCCCCGCUGCCCAGGAAGCUGCCCCUCAGGACCGGGCGAGCAACCCGCUGGACAUCUGCUAUGACGUGCUCUGUGAGAGCGCCUACUUCCAGAAAUUUCAGCUGGAAAGGGUUAAUCUGCAGGAGGCGAAACGGUCGACCUACGAUCACACGCGCAAGUGCACGGACCAGCUUCUGCUCUUGGGUCAAACAGACCGGGCCGUGCAGCUGCUGCUGGAGACGAGCGCGGACAACCAGCACUACUACUGCGACGCGCUGAAGGCCUGCCUGGUCACCACCGUCACCUCCUCCGGCCCCUCCCAGAGCACCAUCAAGCUGGUGGCCACCAACAUGAUCGCCAGCGGCAAGCUGGCAGAGGGUGUGCAGCUGCUCUGCCUGAUUGACAAGGCCGCGGAUGCCUGCCGCUACCUGCAGACCUACGGGGAGUGGAGCCGGGCCGCGUGGCUUGCAAAGGUCCGGCUGAGCUCGGACGAGUGCGCCGAUGUUCUGAAGCGGUGGGUGGACCACCUUUGCUCUCCCCGAGUCGACCAGAAGUCGAAGGCCCUCCUGGUCCUCCUCUCCCUGGGCUGCUUCUCCAGCGUCGCCGAGAUGCUGCACAGCAUGAGAUACUUCGAUCGAGCCGCCUUGUUCGUGGAGGCGUGUCUCCAGUACGGGGCCCUGGAGGUCGGCCCGGACACAGAGAGACUCGUCUCCGCCGUGUACGCAGACUACGCCCGGAGCUUGAAGAGCCUCGGUUUUAAACAGGGAGCAGUUCUUUUCGCUUCAAAAGCUGGAGCCGCUGGCAGAGAUUUAUUGAAUGAGCUGCAGUCCCCCAAACAGGAACUGGCUGAAGAGUGACAGGUUAACAGGCGCCAGGACAUCUGACCGCGCAAGCCAGCCGUGGAAGAUGCAGACGACACGCAGCCAGCAGUGCCGAGUCACCGAAGCUCCGUGUCCUGGCCUGGACUCCCUGUGCCCCGGUCCCGGCAGGGCCGCCUUGUGCGGCAGCACGGAGACUCACAGGGACUUCCACCCUGUGCGCCUGGUUCCACUACCAGGUCUUGGAUCUUUGCAUUUUAACUCCUGUGAUGCAUUAUGGGAACCUCCUUUUUGAAAUCUUCAUGCUUUAAUUUUGUCUUUGUGUUCUUAACAUGAGAUGUGACUAUUGUAAAUUAUUGCUGAGAUUUUAAUGUCCAUAACGUACAGAAAUGAGAAAUAAACAGGAAAUCCCAGC